AUGGCAGGGACAAAAGCCGUACACAGUUGCGUUCGGCUGGCCGAGCCGGUUCCGCAGAGGACCACGGCUGUGCUUGACUGCCCGUGCUGUGCGAAAAAGGGGGUGGUCCGGCUGGACAAGCACCUGCAGGACAGGCAUAAUAAGACCUCCUCUGAUGAGCGUGCUGCCCUCUUGCGCGAGGCAAAGCGCGCAGCAAUUGUGAAGGAGCUGAGGGACCUGAGGCUCUCAGACCCCUCAGUGCCCCUCGUCUCUGAACUGGACAUUGAUCAACCCAACGACAACCCGCUGAUGGAGUUGGAUGAGGCUGGGACUUCAUACCACAUGGACCAGGAGAGACCGGGUCCAUCUCGGGUCAAUUUCAAGGCCCGCAUCCAGAGGCUGGAGGCCCGCCUCACCAGUCUGGAGCGCUCCCACGCCCUUCUACUAAAGAAGUGCCGGUCCCUCCAGGUUGCCCCGGCUCCCGUGGCCCCCACCUCUGCUCAGAAGGGGGAGCACGUGGACAAGCUGCAAAACACCGACUUUCUGUAUGGUAAGUACAUGGCCCAGGGAGUGGCGGCUGACUGCCUGACCAGGAGCGUCAGGUUCCUGAACCGCCUGGACCACCUGCGUGGAUACCCGACGUACCUGGUCCAAAAGGGGUACAAGAGUACAACCAUCAAAAACAUGAUGACCAACAUAAUCAUGUUUUUACGCCAUGUGGGCAAGCGCUUCCCGCGCAAGACCGGCCUGAGGCCCGCUGAAGCCCAAAACAUCGAAUACGAGCUUCAGCGGAUCCAGCGGGACAUACAGCGGGAAGUGCUUGUCCACAGGCAGAAGAUCCUCAGGAAGAAGUCAGCCGACCAGCUGGACCCCAGGGACAGCGUGGCAUUUUUGGACAGGGCCAAAAGGGCCAUUGACGCAAUUAUCGGCCGAAAGGAUCCCGAUGAACUGCAUGGCCUGGGGAUGGGCUACAUCCUCGGCUACCUGGCCAUUGUAACAGGCCACCGGGCGGUGGUAUUCCAUCAUGUCACAAAGGAGUCGGUACAGGAGGCCGACUCCUGGAAGUCUGGGACUCGCUUCCAAGUGUUGGUGGACGACCACAAAACCAGUCGAACAUUCGGGCAGGCCUCCCUCGUCCUCGAACGCCACGAAUUUAACUGGCUCCGCGUCCUGGCCACCGGCGAGGUCUGCACUGAGGAGUGCAGGGAGGUGGACAACAUAUUCCACGCACCAUCUGGAGGCCCAAUAAGACAGGUGUCUGAGCUCAUAAACAGGGCGUGGGCAGCGGCUGGACUUGGGGGGUCCAUCAGCUUCAAUAAGAUCAGGAGCAGCGUGUCCACACAGGCCAAUGACCACCUUACGGAGGAGGAGCGGCGGAGGGUGGCCAGGGCCAUGUGCCACGACCCUGCCACGGCGUCGAGGUUCUAUGUGGCCCUCCCCAACGGGGAGAGCCAGUUUAGGGACAGGCAGCUACGGAUGAAGGCCCUCUGUCUGGCCUCUAACACCAGGCCAGACAGGCACACCAGGCCAGCGGUCUCUAGUAGCUCAGAGUCAGAGGGACCUGAGCCGGUUUACCAGGACUCGCCCGACUCCUCUGGCUCUGAGCUUGCCAGCCCUGAGCCAGCCCCCUCCAUCCCUGAGCCAGACGCCUCCAUCCCUGAGCCAGACGCCUCCAGCCCUGAGCCAGACCCCUCCAGCCCUGAGCCCUCCACCCCACCGCCUCAGCCCUCGACCGCUGACCGGCAGCCCUGGACCCCGGUAUGGGCGUGCGAAACGGCCUCAAGGAAGCGGCUGUUCCCCGCCGACGAGGAGGACGAGGAGCCUCGCGCCCUUCCUCAGCCCAAGAAGUGCACGGUCGACAUUGACAGGCUGCCGAGUGGGGUACUCAGCUAUUACGCUACCGUAAUUAGGGAGUACCCUGCUCAAGGACCGACGAGUGUGUGA